CGAGCAAUGAUGAGCAGCAUCCGUGAUUUACAAGCCCAAGAUAUCAUCGUUGCAUCUAAGAUUUCAUAAAUUACGAACAGGGUCAAAAGCAUAUGCUCUCCCCAAAGUUCGAUACUGUAGUCCGUUUUGCGUUUCUUCGAUUGCUACAUAUGAUCCUAUUGGCCGGAACAACGUAUCCUUAAUAAUGUCUCGAUGUAGGUAGCAUCAUUUGGUAGCUUUGUUUGCUCCAGCAAGUCAGAGCUCCAAACAAGAAUAUAUUGGAGAGAGAGAGAGAGACAGAGGACUUGCUUGCGUUCUCAGUUCCCUGCACUGCACGGAUUACCCAAAAACUUGGGCUGCCGAACCGGUUCGCAGGUACAACGAUCGAAGGAAGCAGGGGCACAAGAAAAGUGAAACGACCACCACACCGUGAGUGAGAUCAGAAUCCAAAUGCUGUCUCCUUCCUCUCUCGUACAAACACACCACGAACCCAUUCGUCGUCUUUUCAUGAAUUCGCAUCCUUCACUCUGAGUCCUCUGCAUCGCUCUACCCCCAGCUUCGGAGGCUUCUUCACCUUUUUUUCCCAUCACCCUUUUCAUUGGAAAGAAAAAGAUCGCUCCUUUUUCGUUUUCUUUUCUUAUUCUUGAGCUCGUGAUGGCGGCUUCAAUGGCGGCCUCGCCGCUGUGUACAUGGCUGGUGGCGGCUUGCACGUCGGUCUCCUGGGAGAACGAGCUCAAAGCGCAUCCGCUUCAGUACCCCAGGAGACUUUCCAAGAGGCUGAAAAGGAAGGUCCUUUCAAAAUGUUGUAGCGAUACAAGCAAUGCCCGGUCGCCCAUUUCUGGAUUGCUGUCAUCUUUCUAUGGAUCGAACAUUCAAGGUCUCAUGAGUUCGUGUUUGGCUUUCGAGCCUUGUAGUGAUUACUGCAGAUAUAAUGGGCUCUCGUCUCUGUUUGGAUCGAGAAAUGUUGGCAUAAAUCGGAAGCAGAAGCGCACAAAUCGAGCUCGCUCCUCUGGAGAAACCAUGGCAGUGGCCUUACAACCUGUUCAAGAAGUUUCAACGAUGAAGAAACCUGUAACGAAGCAAAGGCGGGUAGUAGUGACUGGGAUGGGUGUGGUAACUCCCCUAGGCCAUGAUCCGAACAUCUUCUACAAUAAUUUGCUGGAGGGUGUCAGUGGUAUAAGUGAGAUAGAGACAUUUGACUGUGCUCAAUUUCCAACGAGAAUUGCUGGGGAGAUCAAGUCUUUCUCAACUGAUGGAUGGAUUGUUCCAAAACUCUCUAAGAGGAUGGACAAAUUCAUGCUUUACAUGCUCACUGCUGGCAAGAAAGCCUUGGCAGAUGGUGGAAUGACUGAUGAUGCUAUGAAAAAUCUGGACAAAGCUAAAUGUGGGGUUCUCAUUGGCUCUGCAAUGGGUGGGAUGAAGGUUUUCAAUGAUGCUAUUGAAGCUUUAAGGAUAUCAUACAAGAAAAUGAAUCCCUUUUGUGUACCUUUUGCAACAACUAACAUGGGUUCAGCCAUGCUUGCAAUGGAUCUGGGAUGGAUGGGCCCUAAUUACUCUAUAUCAACUGCUUGUGCUACAAGCAACUUUUGUAUACUGAAUGCUGCAAACCACAUAAUUAGAGGAGAAGCUGAUGUGAUGCUUUGCGGUGGCUCAGAUGCAGCAAUUAUUCCUAUUGGUUUGGGGGGUUUUGUGGCAUGCCGAGCGCUUUCACAGAGAAAUAGUCAUCCUGCGAAAGCUUCAAGACCAUGGGACAUUAAUCGCGAUGGAUUUGUCAUGGGAGAAGGAGCUGGAGUUCUGCUCUUGGAGGAAUUAGAUCAUGCUAAGAGUAGAGGUGCAAACAUUUAUGCAGAGUUUCUUGGUGGAAGCUUCACGUCCGAUGCUUAUCACAUGACUGAACCUCACCCUGAUGGGGUGGGCGUUACUCUCUGUAUCGAAAAGGCCUUAGCUCAGGCUGUAGUGUCUAGGGAAGAUGUAAACUACAUAAAUGCUCAUGCUACAUCUACUCCAGCUGGAGACCUCAAGGAGUACAAAGCUCUUGCCCAUUGUUUUUGCGAAAACAGUGAGGUAAAAGUGAAUUCCACUAAGUCCAUGAUUGGUCACCUACUUGGAGCUGCUGGUGCUGUGGAAGCUGUGGCGGUUGUACAGGCAAUUAGAACCGGGUGGGUUCAUCCCAAUGUUAAUUUGGAAAACCCAGAUGAAGGAGUGGAUCCAAGCAUGCUGGUUGGCCCAAAGAAAGAGAGACUAGACAUUAAGGUGGCUUUGUCUAACUCAUUCGGAUUUGGUGGACACAACUCAUCAAUACUAUUUGCCCCGUACAAAUGAAUCAUCCUUGGCGGGCUUUACGAUGCAAUAAUCGAGCCGAAGAUGGAUGUUGGCAUUAUAGAAUGUGAAGAUGUUUAGAGUUCACCUAGGAUGCCGGAUGCUCAGCCAUAAGUAACCUCCUCGCACUCCAUGGAUAGCUGUCAUAUACAAAUGGGAUUUUGUCGGACAGCACAAUGGAGAAGAAUCCAAGGCCAAGACAUGUUGCUAGUCAUACUCAUUUGCCAAAAUUGUUAUUGUGAAUUAUUGCUAAUCAUCUGUAGCCACACUAGGGCAUGAUGCAGGGAGGUACACCAUGCUAACUUCUCGUCUUUCUUUGUAUGUGAACAUAUAUCGAAAGACUAGAAUGUUGUAGAGAUCAGUUUCUGCGAGUUAUCAUCCUGCAAUUCUCUUCGCUAUUUUAGAUUUUCCUUGGCUCCA